CGGACAGUCGUGAUGUGUUAGUACCGAAAUAAUCCGCAUUAUUAAUUGAUCAUGGACACUGUGAACUGGAGUUUCAGACUGGGUGUCUGUUUCACUCUCAUUUCAGAAUGCAUCUCUAAAUAUUGUUAUACGACUAGUACGGGGGCGUACACUUGCCAGAACUCUUAUGGCGGACAGGAGACAGGGCAGAUAGCGGGAAUUGCUAUCGGAGCGACUGUGGCUCUGGCUAUACUCAUAGCAGUCUUGGUCUGCUGUGUAACCAAGUGUAACAAAAAGAAAAAGUCACGGUCCCGGGCCACAAGGGUACAGGUCACGGAAGCCAGCAGACACGCUCAAAUGCCACCAAACAGUGUCCCAAUGUAUGGAGUUUACCCCAGCGCCCCACCACCACUUCCUGAGUAUGCCCCUCCGUCCUAUGAUUCCCACCAGUUUAACCACCCCCCUCCAACUGUCUCAGCAACGGUCACGGGACCUGGUCUCCGUAGCAAUGGCAUCGGCGCCAAUAGCAAUGACGAUUUACCUCCCGCGUAUUAAUAUGCAUUAUCUCUACGCCUUAGUAUAGCUACUCAAUCAAAUUAAUAAAUGUCAUAAAGACAAUUUAUGGCCAUUUGGUCAUGAAAGUUUCAUUUGAACUUUUUUUUUGUUUAAUUAAAUUUAAACAAAAAAAAAUUUGUUGACACUUAUUUCAAUUCUAUCAAUUACAACCAUUUUUUUUCUCUUCUUGACUGACCGUGUUCUUUCUAUUUUAAUAUUUGUUGUUUAUCCUUUUUCAAUAUUAUAUGUACAUGGGGGCAAUUACAUUUACACAAAUUUCUAAUGUUAUGAAUGUUUGCUUGC